AGGUCAAUAAUAAACAAAUGGGUUACUAAAACCCCACUAGGCUCUUCUCAGACAAUACACACACUAGUUUCCUCCAUUGACACUAUCCCACUACCUUCUUCUUCAAAAAAAAAAAAUCCCACCUUUUCUGUUAAAUCAAAUCUCUCUCUCUCUCUCUCUCUCUCUUGAUCUCUUGUGACCCAAUUGAGAGAAGAAAGAAACGUUUUUUUUGUUUGUUCAAACAUGAGAGAUUAAUUGCACAAUACCUCUUUUGAUUACUACCGUUCUCUUCCACCAAACUCAGUUCCUGUCUUUAAUUUAAUCUCUCUUUUUUUUUUGUUGGUGUGAAGUGAACAUUAAAAGAGAGGAAAAAAAAUAAAAAUCAUUCCUUUGCUUCUUUAUCACUGUUCCUUUGCUGCAGAGCUUCUUCUUCAUUCUUUCUUCUUGCGUUUGAAGUCAUUUCAUCUCCUUGUGCCACCACCACUUCGAUUGCUUUAAACUUUGGAGAGCUUUAAAGAUAAAAAAAAAACCCAUCAAUCAAUUCUUUUUUCAGUCUUCCUCGUGAUCAUCGAGGAAGCUUGAUCUCUUCUAUGGUGGAAUGGAGAUUUUGUUUCUCCUUCUUAGGAUCUCUCUUGUUUCAUCGCUUUUAGUUGCUGCUGCUUCUUCCUCAGGAUUGGAUUUUUUAUCUCCGUUAUCAUCAUCGCCACCGUCUCCAUUACCGGAAAUUUCAAAAGGGUUUGGUCAAGCACCGCCGAGUAAUUCACCCGAAUCUCAUAAAUCCGGCAAUGUGCCACCGUUUCAACCUUCUCAACCGUCUCUUCCUCCUUUAGCUGACGUGGCAGCUCCACCACCGUCAGAUUCCGUCGGGAGUGAAGCGCCGACCGGUGUGCCUAUCGUCUCGGUUCCUGUUGCUCCAGCUCCAGCUACAUUACCUGUAAAGGAUUUACCGGGAAAUUCGCCUCUGGUUCAACCCAUUGCACCGACUGCUUCACCACCUCAGUUCAUUCCAAGAGAUGCACCAAAGGAGCCUCCUUUCUCAGGAAGAGUUACUCCAGGCCCGGUUUCAUCACCUGUUUCGGAUAUACCUCCAUUCCCAUCAGUGGCUCUGCCUCCGCCUACACCGAGCAGUGUACCUCCUAGAAAUUCUUCUGACGAUCACAAGCAUCCAGUUGAAAAGCCUAUUGCUCCUGUUGCAUCUCCACCAACAAUACCAGUUGACAUUUCCCCGCCAGUUCAUCCCGUCUUACCAAAGUUAACACCCUCUAGCUCACCUGUGCCCACCUCGACUCCAACAAGAAGAAAUCCGCCAACAACGCACCCGGUGUUCCCCAUAGAAUCCCCUGCUGUCUCACCAGAUCAUGCUGUGAAUCCAGUAAAACAUCCACCGCCCAGCGAUAAUGGAGAUGAUAAUAAAAGUCCUGGUGCUGCACCGUCAAAUGAAAUUGCUAAACCCUUGCCUGUCAUCCCACAUAAAGCUUCUCCUCCUUUGAUAGCUCCCUCAGCCCCCAUGUUCAACGGACACUCUCAUCAUACAUCUCCAUCUACUACUACUCCACCGCCAGAUUCUACACCAAGUAAUGAUCACCGCCAUUUUUCUUCAUCACCAUCUCCUCCUCUACCUUCAAACCAUCGACAUCAUCAAGAACGAAAGAAUAUCACAAAUAGUCCAGCUCCUUCUCCACCAUUACCGCAUCACAUAUCUCCAAAGAAGUCAAACCAUCGUAAAGGUUUAAUGGCCCCUCCUCCAUCAGCACACCAUGCUCCUUCUUCUCACAUUCCUACUUCUUUGAUUUCUCCUGCUUACGCUCCAAUCUCUUCCUCUAUGCAACGCAUCUCCCCUGCUCCAGCACCUUCUCCAACCCAAGUUUUUCCUCUCAGGUCCUCUUCAAGACCUUCAAAAUCUCGGAAAUUCCCACUCGGUCCACCGCUUCAAGCAUUUCCUCCUCCUCCCCCUAAUUCAGAUUGUUCUUCAACUGUUUGCUUGGAACCGUACACAAACACACCUCCAGGAUCUCCAUGUGGUUGUGUCUGGCCAAUUCAGGUUGAGCUGCGCCUUAGCAUGGCCCUCUACGACUUCUUCCCUAUGGUUUCAGAAUUCGCUCGGGAAAUCAGUGCUGGAGUUUUCAUGAAACAGAGCCAAGUCCGUAUAAUGGGAGCUAACGCCGCUAGUGAACAACCCGAGAAAUCCAUUGUUCUUAUCGAUUUAGUUCCGCUCGGAGAUAAAUUCGAGAACAUGACUGCAAUGCUGACUUACCAGAGAUUCUGGAGUAAAAAAGUCUAUAUAGAUGAACUAAUCUUUGGCAGAUACGACGUGAUUUACGUUCGUUAUCCUGGUUUACCUGCUUCUCCGCCAACUUCUGGUAUGACCAUUAUAGAUCAAGGACCAUACUCCGGUACUAAUAAUGGAAGGGCAGUCAAACCGAUCGGAGUUGAUGUUCCAAAGAAGCCCCACAAGAAAGAUCUCAAUGCCGGAAGUAUUGCUGUGAUUGUUUUAUCCGCAGCUGCUUUUAUCGGUUUAUGUUUCGUUAUCGUUUGGUUCUUGGUUUUCCGACGACAAAGAGAUCAGCGACGUCUUUCUAAAAGAGCACCAGUUGCUCGCUCUUCGCUGCCUUCCCUCUCGAAACCAUCAGGCUCGGCGAGAUCUUUAACCGGAAGCCGGUUUAGCUCAACGUCAUUGUCAUUUGAAUCAAGCAUUGCUCCGUUUACUCUCUCUGCAAAGACGUUCACAGCAAGCGAAAUAGUGAAAGCUACUAAUAACUUUGAUGAAUCGAGGGUUCUUGGUGAAGGUGGAUUCGGACGGGUUUACGAAGGUGUUUUCGAUGAUGGAACUAAAGUAGCAGUUAAAGUGUUGAAGAGAGAUGACCAUCAAGGUAGCCGAGAGUUCUUGGCUGAAGUUGAAAUGCUUAGUCGUCUUCAUCACAGAAACCUUGUGAAUUUAAUCGGUAUAUGUAUCGAAGAUCGUAACCGUUCCCUGGUUUAUGAACUCAUACCAAAUGGCAGCGUUGAAUCUCACCUCCACGGAAUCGAUAAAGAAUCUUCGCCAUUAGAUUGGGAUGCUCGGUUGAAGAUAGCUCUUGGUGCUGCCCGUGGUUUAGCGUAUUUACACGAAGACUCUAGCCCCCGAGUUAUACACAGAGACUUCAAGUCCAGCAACAUCCUUCUUGAACAUGAUUUCACACCUAAAGUCUCUGACUUUGGAUUGGCUCGAAAUGCCCUUGACGAUGAAGAUAACAGACAUAUAUCGACGCGCGUUAUGGGAACAUUUGGGUAUGUGGCACCGGAAUACGCAAUGACUGGGCAUCUUUUGGUGAAGAGUGAUGUGUAUAGCUACGGAGUUGUGCUUCUCGAGCUACUUACAGGGCGGAAACCGGUGGAUAUGUCUCAACCAGCAGGACAGGAGAACUUAGUUGCAUGGACUCGGUCUUUUCUCACAAGCACAGAAGGGCUUGCAGCUAUUAUAGAUCGGUCUUUAGGACCCGAGAUCUCAUUUGAUAGCAUAGCUAAAGUCGCGGCGAUAGCUUCGAUGUGUGUUCAACCGGAAGUAUCGCACCGUCCUUUCAUGGGAGAAGUAGUGCAAGCUUUGAAACUUGUCAGCAACGAAUGCGAUGAAGCUAAAGAACUUAACUCUGUAACUUCAAUCACUCAGGACGAUCUGAGAGAUGACACUCGAGCUGAGAGCUCUUGUGGUGGAGGCUCAGGGAGGAUGGCCCGGUAUCCGUUGCUACCUAAUUACGACUCUGAGCCUGACACAGAGAGAGGACUUUCAGUGUCGGAUAUGUACACAGGGUCAGGGAGGUUCGAGAGACAGUCUAACUCAGGUCCCUUGGCCUCGGGUCGAGGCAAGAGGUUCUGGCAAAAGAUGAGGAGAUUAUCAACCGGAAGCUUGAGCGAACACGGGACACCAACUGUCAUGUUACGAUCCGGUUCACGUUGAACGAUCUUUUGCCAGUUACAGAACAUUGGAGUUCUUGAUUGCCCUUGUAAGCUAAGUAGACGGAAAGGAAGCUGGUGGCUUGUCUUACAAGCAACUCUUUGCCUCCUAGAAGUGGAAACCGGUUAAUCGAAAAAACCAAGACAGAUAGAUCAUCAUUCUCAGGGUCAACAAAUUAGUUAAAAGAGAUGUUUGUAUGUUAGAAGAGAAACAAGAGAUUCUGUUUAAUUUGAAUGUAGAUAUCACGUUUUAUGAGCUAGCAUGAUCUUCCUUUACAACUCCGGUACAGACCACCGGUUCGAAUAGUAAAA